AUGGCCGACUCGGACGGCGAAUACCAUGGCUCAGAUGACGAGUUUGGCGAGCACCAAACCACAUCCGGCACGCAAUCAAAGACAAAAGCUGGGGCCCGAAAUGACAAAAGCAAGAAGGGGAAUCGAAAGGUCGCUAGAGCCGCCUGGGAAGAUAUCCAGAGAUCUUGGGACGCAGUUGUUGAGGAUGCUGAUGGUACACUUGCUGGGGCUAUCGAAGGUCGCGCAGAGGCAGAGAAGCGAGCACGACUACUAAAGGACACGACACCAUUACAGCGCGGUAUAAUACGACACCUCGUUCUGGUUUUGGACAUGUCCUUUGCGAUGCAGGAGAAAGACAUGCUACCAAGCCGAUAUGAACUGAGCAUGGCCUACUCCACCCAGUUUGUCAGAGAAUACUUUGAGCAGAAUCCUAUCUCGCAACUUGCCAUCAUAGGUAUGCGGGAUGGUGUCGCAGUCAGGAUAAGCGAUAUGAGUGGGAACCCGGCCGACCAUCUCGAGAAGCUACAGAAUUGGGUCAAGCAGGAACCGCAAGGAAGCCCCAGUUUGCAGAAUUCACUAGAAAUGUGCCGUGGAGCUCUAUUCCACACACCAUCGCAUGGUACUCGAGAAGUCGUUAUAGUCUACGGUGCCCUGAUGUCCAGCGACCCGGGCGACAUCCAUCAAACUAUACGCUCUCUAGUCUCUGACCAUAUACGCGUUUCCGUUGUCGGCCUCUCUGCUCAAGUGGCCAUCUGCGACGAGCUCUGCUCUAAGACCAACGGUGGCGACACCUCAAGCUACAGGAUCGCGCUACACGAGGAGAACUUUAGGGAACUACUACUGGCUAUCACAACACCCCCAGUCACUCGAACCCAGGAGCAGAAUAAUGCGAGUCUCCUCAUGAUGGGGUUCCCCUCCCGCAAGCUUGCUGCCGGCGAUAGUAUGCAUUACUGUGCUUGCCACAACCGACCCACGCGCGAGGGCUACGACUGCACCCGAUGUGGCUCUCGAGUCUGCCGUCUCCCUGCCGAGUGCCCUGGCUGCGGACUCACGCUCAUUCUCUCGACGCAUCUUGCGCGCUCAUACCAUCACCUGUUUCCCCUACGUAACUGGGUCGAGGUCCCAUGGUCCGAAGCCAAGAAGUCAAAGGCGUGUCACUCCUGCCUCGCAUCCUUUCCUGAGACAUCCAACCCUCGAAAGGCUAAUAAGGGAAAGGGCAAGGAGAACGCGAGUAGUGGGACAAAGCUCCCUCCAUCGUUGAGAGGACUAAGCGAGUCCGGACGGUAUGCCUGCGAGGUCUGCGGUCACCACUUUUGUAUCGAUUGCGAUCUGUUCGCGCACGAGGUGUUGCAUAACUGCCCCGGGUGCCAAAGCGAUACUAGAGGUAUGCAGAAUGGGAAUGGGAAUGGGAAUGGGGAGCAGAAGGGGGGUGCGAAUGGGGGCGGAUCGCAAGAGAAUGGCGCCAUGGAUAUUGACUCAUGA